CUGCCAGUGCAGACAACCCGGGAAUAAAUAAUAAUAAAACCAGCGGAGCAGCGGCAGCAGACGCAGCAGACAUGUCGACAACGUCGCUGGGGAACUUUGUGCACUGCCCGGUGUGUAGGACAAGCCACGUCCCCACCAACGGAGCACUGAAGGAUGGCGUCUAUGCUUCUACCUGUGAAAACUGUGGCCACUUCUUCAAGUUCAAGGCCACAGGUCCUCUCAAGUCCUCUGUUACCUUCACCAUAAAUAGAAAUUCCUACACAGUUAGCAACCAGUAUGCCGCAGCUUUGUCCCUGAAUGAGUUCAUGAGGUCCCAGGGUGUGUCCUAUGGCACCAAAGCGAUGUGUUUGGAGGGAGGGUGUGGCGUGUGCCUCGUCACUACCACACUAUAUGAUCCCAUCACAAAGGCCGUGCAGACCUACACAGUCCACUCGUGCCUCGUCCCUCUCUACACGUGUGACGGCAUGCAAGUGACAACCAUUGAAGGUCUGGGCAACACUAUGGAUGGCCUACACCCGUUACAAGACCGCCUGGCACAGUAUAAUGGCUCCCAGUGUGGCUUCUGUAGCCCCGCCCAGGUUAUGAAUAUGUAUGGUCUACUAAAGAGGACUCCCAACCCUACCAUGCAGCAAGUAGAAAAUGCAUUUGAUGCAACCAUCUGCCGAUGUACAGGGUAUCGCCCGAUUCUGGAUGCUAUGAAGUCCUUUGCAUCUGACGCCCCGCCAAGCCUACCUGGCGGUACUAUUGACAUUGAGGAACUGGACAAGAAGAUAUGCAGCAAAACCGGGAAGACCUGUACAGGACGCUGUUCAUCUGAGAGACAGACUGACCCAGAGCUCGUCCCCCUCCACAUUGUGCUGCAGGGGUCACAGUGGUACAAACCCACCACCAGACAGCAGCUGUACGCCCUCCUGGGCCAACACAAGGGAGACAACUACAGACUCGUGUUCGGAAAUUCAGGAUUCGGUGUGUACAAAGAAAUCGGCCCAUGGAUGUAUGGUGUGCUCAUUGACCUGCGUGGAAUCCAAGAGUUUUACAACAUUUCUGUGGACUCCUCCAAAGUGACGUUUGGUUCCAGCAUCACUCUGACCAACAUGAAUGAGGUGUUUGAGAAAAACAGAACCAAUCCUGCUUUGUCCUACUUCCGGGAUUUCGCAAACCACGUUGCCGUAAUUGGAAACGUCGGAAUGAGAAAUUUGGCCAGCUGGGCAGGUAACCUGAUGCUGAAGAACCUGCACACUGAGUUCCCGUCUGAUAUCUUCACCAUGUUCGAGACAGUCAGGGCAACUCUGUUCAUUGGAUCAAGUGAUGGCACAGAGGAACCAUGCAGUCUUAUGGACUUCCUCAACCUAGACAUGAAGGGCAAGGUCAUCCUGUCUGUGACACUUCCAACAUUCCCAUCUGGAGACGUGUAUGUCAAGACCUUCAAUACUACCCCCAGACAUCAGAAUGCCCACGCCUAUGUGACAGCAGGCUUCAGGAUGCAGUUGGACAGGAACAACAACUUCACUGUCAAGACAAAACCAUCCCUGGUGUACGGUGGCAUCAACAAGACACUGGUACAUGCAAGCAAUACGGAGGCGUUUCUGCAAGGCAAACAGUUGGGGGAUGCUUCAGUUCUUAAAGCUGCAAUAGACAGUCUGUCCGCCGAGCUGAUCCCAGACGCUACAGCGGGUUUAUCGAGUCCAGCCUACAGAAAGAACUUGGCCAUCUGUCUGUUCUACAAGUGUGUGCUCGGCAUGUGUAGUGAGAAAGCAGCCACAAGAUUCCAGAGUGGAGGCACCAACUUGAUGCGGCCCGUGUCAUCCGGCACUCAGACAUAUGACAGUCGUAAAGAUGAAUACCCCUUGACUCAACCUAUGACAAAAGCAGAUGCAACCUUACAGACUUCAGGUCAGGUCCAGUUCGUUGGUGACUUACCUCCGGUUCCAAAUGAAGUGGCUGCGUCAUUCGUCAUAAGCAGUGUUGGCAACGCCGAGAUCGACACUGUCGACACCUCUGCAGCCAUGUCCUAUCCGGGAGUGCUCAAGUAUAUAUCUGCAGCUGAUAUACCGACCGGAGGACGGAACAGUUUCAGUACACCAAAUCCGGGUGUUGAGGAGCUGUUCUGCAGUGGACGAGUUCUGUACAGUGGACAGACAAUUGGUCUCAUUGUGGCAGUGGACAAAUGGUCGGCAGACACUGCAGCCAGCAUGGUGAAAGUUACCUACAAGAACGUCCAGCCACCCAUCAUUACAAUGGAAGAUGCCAUUCAAAAGAAAUCCAUAUUUCCAAAUGUUGCCCAAGAGCUAAAAGUUGGCGAUGCAGCAGCUGCAAUAGCGGGAUCUGACAAACAAAUUACUGGCACCAUCAAGAUGAAACAUCAGUACCAUUUCUACCUGGAAACACAGGUCUGCCUGUGCUACCCAGCAGAGGAUGGGAAGGGAGUACAUCUCCACUGCGCAACACAGUGGGCAAGUGCUGUACAACAGGCCGUUGCCACAGUACUUAACAUCAAGGAAAGCAGUGUAAGCGUGAAGGUCAAGCGUAUUGGAGGAUCUUUUGGAGGGAGGAUAUCACGUGCGAGCUUACCAGCGUGUGCCGCUGCUCUCGCCACGCGCAUCAUGAGGAGACCUGUCCGCCUAGCGAUGAACUUCCACACCAACAUGAAGACAAUUGGGAAACGUUUUCCCUAUCUGGCGAAUUACACCAUCGGGGUCAACAAUGAUGGGACACUUAAAGGAAUCCAACUGACAGCCCAUGCUGACUGUGGAAUAUCGCCCAAUGACUGUGCCCUUGGUGUAUUUCCUCGAUUUAUGGACAAUGCAUACUACUGUCCAGCAUGGGAUUUCAAACCUGUAGCCCUAAAAACAAAUCUCCCAACCAACACUCCUUGCCGGUCGCCAGGAUCCUGUCCAUCUAUCUUCAUCAUGGAAACGAUGAUGGAUCACGCCGCCAAAGUCUUGAACAUGGAUCCACUGGCGAUCAGGAAGCUAAACCUGUUCAUCAAAGGCCAGACAACUGUCAAUGGAAUGGUUCUGAAGUACUGCAACAUCAAGGAUAUUGUUGCUCAGCUGGAGACGUCAGCCGAUGUUCAGGCUAGAAAACAGCAGGUUGCAGAAUUCAACCAGGCCAACAGAUGGAGGAAGAAGGGCAUUGAGGUGUUGCCUCUCCGCUGGAACCUGCCCUACGGAUACGCCAUCUACAACGUCUACCUGACUGUCUACCAUGGGGAUGGGUCCGUGGCCCUCUCAAUCGGUGGCGUGGAAAUCGGACAGGGAAUAAACAUAAAGAUGAUGCAAAUAUGUGCAUAUGAGUUGGGUAUCCCCAUUGACACGAUCAAGGUUAAAGCAACGACCACCCUGGCCAACUCUAACUCGGGCGCUACUGGAGGGAGCCACACGACCGAUGUUAAUGCAUUGGGAGUCGUGCAGUGUUGUCAACUGUUGAAGGCUCGGAUGGCCCCAGUCAAAGCCAAGAUGGUCAACCCUACCUGGCAACAGCUUGCUUCUAAGUGCUAUGGCGAUGGGGUGGACCUGACAGCUAGAAGCUCAACAUUUCCAUCGGGAGACUUUAGUGACUACAACAUCUACGGUGCAAUAUGCACAGAGGUUGAGGUUGACAUCCUCACCGGGGAGAACCAGAUCAACAGAGUGGACAUCCUGUAUGAUUGUGGAGAGAGUCUGAAUCCGGACAUUGACAUCGGCCAAGUUGAAGGUGCGUUUGUGAUGGGCUUGGGCUACUGGAUGACCGAACAGAUGAUCUUUGACCCCGAGACUGGCACAGCCCUCACCGAUGGCACAUGGGAAUACAAACCUCCAAUGGGCAAAGAUAUUCCUGUCGACUUCCGUAUCCAGUUCUUGAAGAAUGCACCCAACCCACGCGGAGUCCUGAGAUCGAAAGCUGUGGGUGAGCCGCCCCUGUGUAUGGCUGCGUCAGCGUUGUUUGCUGUGAAGCACGCCAUCGAGGCUGCCAGAAAGGAAAUGACACAGGACACGUACUUCCCUCUCGACGGACCCGCAACGGUGGAGAUGAUUCACACAGCCUGUCAACUUGACAAUUCCCAGUUUGUAUAUGGGACCUAGGUCAACCAGACUCAGCCCAUUAGUGAUGUGGGGCAUAGAUCAGCGUUGGACAUUAAAGAAAAAUGCAGCGUUGUAAUUCAAACAUAUUCCAACGCGAUUCAAACAUACACUUGUCGCAAUCAAUUUGUAUUAUCUACAGUUUUUCAGUCAGUGAAUCACACAAUAAUCAUGUGUUUAUGUAUGACAACGGACAAGUUAUACAUUGCUAAUGAUCAAGCCAAAUGAAUCUGCUGUAACAGUAACACACUGGACACUAUAUAUCAAUAGCUCGCGAUAGCAAACGAAGACCUGGUGAAAAUUUUACAAAUUCUCAGUCCUCACUGUAACACUGAUAUGGCCCCACCUUCUUCUACAUUGGUUUGGGUCAAGACAGUUUUGGGUCGACCUAAUGUAAUUUUUACAAUUCAGUCCUCACUAUAACUCAUAUCUACCUCUUUCUGACUGUUGGCAAUAUCUGUAUUGAAGUAACUGAUUAAAAACCCCAUGCUAUGGAUCAAUGGUUAAUCAACAAGGUUGGUUGGUUGGUUUGUUGUUUUACGCCGCACUCAGCAAUAUUCCAGCUAUAUGACGGCGGUCUAAUCAACAAGGGAUAUGUUAUUAUCUGACGGUCAACAAAUAUAUGCAGGUGCAACCUGGGGUAAAGAAGUUCAAUAUAAUUGUUUGUAUAUUUUGAUUCAAUGACAUGGAACGUGAACUUGAAAAUAUGUUGGCACAUUUCACUAAUGUGUAACCUUCACAGAGUAUAAUAUUAUUGAUAACAUGUAUCAAUAAGGUCAUUGUUAAUGUUACUUAACCAUGUGUGUCCUACAGGUUGUAUGUUAUAAACUGUGUAGAUAACUUUUCACUACAGAUUAUUUCCAUACGUAUUCGAAUGUCGUUUACUCAAUAUAAUGUAAAUAACUCCAUAAGUGCAACGAACUAUAUUUUAUCUCCAUCUGGUUUCUUAUAACGGAAGAAAGAUUCCCAGACAGUAAUCAAACCAUAUUUUAUAAAGAAAAUAAACCCUUGAUAAUCAUUUGAUAGGCCCAUGUUACCUUUUAACACAAGUGUGUUUUUAAUGUAAUGUGAUUUCAACAUAUUUUAUUCAGAUUGGGAACAAGUUAUCCAACUUAGGACUCCCUCUCCAUCAAUGUAAUGUACAUGUACAGUGACAUCAUAAGAAAACGUCACCACCAGAGCAAAACAAAGUCUCGAAAAUCUGCUGAAACAGAUUCAGGGCAAAAUGCAAAGUAGUGAAGAAAAUUAUGUGAAUAGACCACUGAAAAUCAGUGAUGAUACCACGUGUUCGCGAAGAGGGUACGUAUGUCCCGCCCUACCGGUAGUACCUGUCCCUCACACAAUUGUCAGUAGAAAAGUAACAGCAUGUGACAAAGGAGGUAGAUAAAUACCAUGUAGAGGUCAAUGAAUUGAAGAGCAUCGAGCAUCAUGUUGAUCUGAGCGGCGACGUGUACAUAAUUAUGUAGUACAUUCCUAGUAGUACACUCUCCAAUUCCUGGAAUGAUGACAUUUGAUGCUCUGAAGUACUUUAGCCUUCCUAACGGUUGACUUUAGGAGUUUGUUUGCUUGUUUGUUGUUUCAACGCCGAUAUGACUGCUGUCUGUAAAUAAUCAUGUCUUGACCAGACAAUCAAGUGAUUGAUGUAAUUAACAUCGAUCCAAGCAAUUGGGAUACGAUGACAUGCUUCAACCAAGUCAGCGAGCCUGACCACCCGAUCCCGUUAGUCGGCUACAACUACAAGCAUGGGAUCCUGAAGACGCGUUCUACCCCGGAUCUUCACGGGUUCAGAAAUAUACACGCAAAGAACAGGACAUCGUGCCCAGACAUCCUUAAUAUGGAUUAUAUCACUUCAAAGACAAUGUUCAGGGAAAAGAGGUUUCAGUGUGCUGUGAAGUUGAAACUUGUUCGUUCUAUGAUAAUUGGUGGCGGAUGUGUUUUACUCUAGUAUCAUAUACCGCUUCAUGAUAAUGAUUCAUGUGGAUGAGAACAAUCCAGUCAUUUAGUUCCAUCCUUGGUGACUGCAAAUGGCAUGUUGCAUAUAUUCAUACGUACCACAAUAAAGCAUUUUGUGUAAUGAAA